GCCAAUGCCUUUUGUCUACUUUUGAGAUUUUUUCUAUUCAAAACAGAAAUUUAAUACAAAACAACAAUUUCAACAAUUUUUUCCUUAGUAAAUUCUGUAAAUAGUUCUACACAAAUAUAUAUUUUCAUACUAGCUGAAUUUUAAGUUGACGUCGACGACGACGUUGAAAACUAUCACAAAUAAAAUACAAUAAUAACAACAAUAAUAAUAACUUGAAGCAUACAACAAUCAAGAAUAACAGAAAACAUACAAAGAGAGGCAUAGAAAAGUUGUCAGCCAUUUGACAGGCUGGAACCGAUCGAGAUUUGUGCUUGACUAAACAGUCAUAUUAGCAAAGGUCGGCCCAGAAGCCACACGAACAAUGAAUAAUAUGGCCGACGAAGAUAAUAAUAAUAAUAAUAGCGAUAGCAAUAAUAAUAAAAAAGUCAAUAGUAAUAUAAAUUGUAAUAAUAGCCCUAACUGUAGCAAGAGUCGCGGCAAUGCCGGUAGCGAUGCGAAAACUAAAUUAACGAAGCAACUAGCCAAUAAGCCCAGUGGCAGCGGUGCCGCUGGUGAGUCCAGCAAAACCGAACGCUGCGUGCUGUGUCUUGAUGAGAAACGUUCGCCGGUGCGCAUCACAUGCGGUCACUCGUUCUGCAAUGAAUGUCUGGAGGUCUACUUAUCGUACCAGAAGUACGCCUGGGCCAAUCGCUGUCCCAUCUGCCGUGGUUCGUUGAAGGAGAAACGACGUUCACUCAAGCGACAGUUUUCCGAAACGGACCCCACAACAGCAAUGUCCAGCAAUGCAACUGCCAGCGGGGACGGCAGCAGCAGCAGUCAGUAUACGCCCACACGCAGGCGUCUGAAUGCCACAUCGGCUACAGUCGCCGCGGCAACGGCCGCUGUGGCCACAGCCACGGCUACUGCGCUAUCGGAGUCCACCGCUGAGGCUUCAGCCGAACAAAUCUACUUGUUGGAAGAAUUUAUGGCAAUCGCUGCCGAAACGGAUGUAUUCGGUAUUGCCGCAAGCAUGAGCUUCGGUAACGCGGCUAGCGCAACCACACCCACCAACUCAGCAUCGACUGUGAGCGCCAGUGAAGCUGCCGGCGAAGAUGAUGAAGUUGAGCUGCGCGCAGCAGAGUUCGAAGAGGAGGCGGAACAGAGUUUUAGUUAUAGCCAAGAUGACUUUGCAUCGGAGAUUGGUGAUGAGGAAGGUUUGGAGGAUGAGAAUGAAGAGGUCUUUGACGAGGAAGUUGAUGUCGAAGAAGAAGAAGAGUACGAGGAUGAAGAAGACGAUGGUGACGCUGAUGUCGAUGGCGAAUAUAAUGAUGACGAGGCUAACGAUUUAUACUUUUUCGAUGAGUACGAUGAUGAAAAUUAUGAUGAUCUUGAAAACGAUGGCUACGACACAAUCGAUGAAGGCGACGGCGAUAACGAUGCUUACGAGCAGUUAGCGGACAACAAUCUACCAACGACCGACUAUUAUGACGUUGAACAGGAUGGCGACGAUGAUGUGCUGCUAGUCGACGAAGUAAUUAUUGUAGACUGAGCGCUGUACGCAGACUGUAGCACGAGGAAGUGUGAGACCAAAACGAAAAAAGCAAAUGACUACUGCAAGUUCACUGACCCUUCCUAACUGACGACCCGUACUAUUGACCUAUUGUUACAACUGUGAUUUUUUUGGGUGCUAAUAUGACUUUGUUUUUUAAUUCAUCAUGUGUCCUGCUGGUGUUUUUUAUGGUUUUUGAUGUUUUUUUUAUAUGAAGAAAAAAUACAAGAGACAUUUUUUCAAAUGAGGAAGCAA